AUGGCAAGCCUACCCAGCUUUACCACAAACUUCCCCGCAGGAUACCCAACGUUCCAAGCACGCGGCGGUGGAACCUUUGCGCACCACGGCGGCGGCGGCAGCUCGUCAUCAGGAGCAGCAGACUGCCAGCGCUACUUCCUCGACCACGCCCAGCACGACAAUGGCGUCCAGGCUGUAUGUGCCCUCAUCAACAUUUGCCUGCCGUUCCAAUGGUCGCAGAACCCGCUCUUGAGCUCCUCGGGCCCGCUGCCGCACGCCUCGGGCCCCGCGGCUUACAACAUGGGCUGGCCGCGCCAAGGCCCAGUUUCUUCGUCGCGAGGGGGAGGAGGCGGCCUGCCGGGCGGAAUGGGUGGUCCGCCGCCGCCAGCAUGGGUCUCGCUAGUCCCUUUUAUUCGCCGCCUGGUCGUCACGGGCAUGGACAGCGCGGGCAUCAUGCACGGCUUCUUCGGCGAGGACUGGCGCAAGGGCGUCGGCCCCAUGCACGAGUGCGAGCGCCGCAACUACCUCUUCACCGCAAAGAGCGUCGGCUGGGCCAAAGUAAAGUGCCAGUACGACAUGUCACCCCACGAGUCCGUCCCCUUUCUCAAGCCCCUCCAGGAAGUCCAGCUCGCGGAGAUCGAGGGCGCAGAGAAGACUUGGAGUCAGUGGCUCGCCAUGGAAGAUUGGAUGGUUGGUCCCCGCGCCCCAGAUGCCGGUGAUGGAGAUCAGCAUCUUGAGGAUGCGCCGCCGUCGCGCCGCGAGUCGUGAUUACUGAUAUACAUAUCAAACACCCUUUUCUUAUAACCAUCACCUAUGUAGUUUCCUUUCUUUUUUAACCGGUGUUUCUCGUGGGGGGGUUUCUCUUCUUUCUUCUUCCAUCUGGUAUGCUCAUUUUCCCUGUCUUUUCCCCACUUGGCCACCGUUAUUGUCCCGGCAAAGCAUUUCACAUAUUCAUUUUGUUUU